AUGGCGCAUACAAGCAGCCUCACGACCAACACCACCUCCCCAUCCCCUUUCUCAUCCCUCCUACAAAUACCCCUCUCCACUCUCUUCCCAUCGCUCCUGUUUCAAAAACAUCAGCAGAAUCUGACUACCUCACCUCUCUCUGCCCAGCCGUCCCCAGCUCCUCUCUUUCUCGACCUCCCUUCCCUCAUCACCACCAUUGCAUGCAUCUCCAUCUCUCUCAUACUCCUCUUCCACCGCCGCAGCCGCCGAAUCUGCUCCUCCUACCCACCCGGCCCUGCGCCGUGGCCAAUCGUUGGGAACAUCCCCUCGCUCGGAACCCUCCCGCACCGCUCCCUCGCGAAGCUAGCCGACAGGUUCGGCCCGAUCUUCACCGUCUGGUUCGGCCCGACCCCGUGCGUGGUCAUCUCCUCCCCGGACCUCGCCCGCGCGGCGUUGAAAGCGCAAGACAGGCUGUUCAGCAACCGCCCGCUGGUCACGUCCACGCGCGUGCUCACUCUGGGCGGCAAGGACAUAGCGUUUGCGCCGCCCGACCAGGCGUGGAAGAAGCGGCGGCGCCUGGCGUUCCUGCACCUGCUGUCCGCGCGCCAGCUGGCAGCGAGCGCGGCGCAGCGCAAGGAGGAGGUGCGGGCGAUGGUGGACGCCAUGGCAGGGGAGGUGCGGCGCUGCCAGCACCCUGCUGCUGCUAUGGGCGGAGGGGCCGGAGGAGGGGAUGCAGGGGGUGGUGGAGGUGGAGGUGGAAGUGGAGGUGGAGGUGGAGUGGGGUGUGUGGUGAACAUGAGAAAAUACUUGGGUCGAGCCACGCUCAACAACAUUCUGCGCCUCACCGUGGGUAAGCGCGACCACCUGCCGUGGCUGCGGUGGAUGGACCCUCAGGGCAUUAACACGCGGGUUGGGAGAGUGCAACCGGCCAUACAUGGGUUUGGGCGGGCAUGCAUCAGGGAGAGGGCGGAGGCGGUGGUAGGGAUGGCGAAGCACAGCCGGGCACGCACGGAAGGAGAGUCGGAUGGGGCAUGUGGGGCAGGUGUGCACAACGCACAAGGUGAUGAGGCGUGUGGCCAUAAGGUGUUUGUGGACUUCCUUCUAGAGCGCCAAGGGGCAUGCAGUGAAGGAGGCAGAGGGGCAUUAGGAGCAGGUGGAGAAGGAGGAGGAGAAGGAGCAGGAGAUGAAUCUUUGGAUGAGGAGGAGAUGGUGAUGCUGGUGAUGGAUAUGAUCCUAGCUGGCACCGACACCACGGCCAAGACUGUGGAGUGGGCUCUGGCAGAGCUUGUCAACCACCCCCACGCGCUCAAGGGCCUUCAGGACGAGGUUGACGCUGCUUACAGUGCUGCUGCUGCUGCUGAAAAGGAUGUUGGCAGUACAGCCGGGCAAGAAGAUAAGGACCAACAUGGAGAGGGCCAGGGAGAGGGGAUGGGAGAGCACGGUGGUGCUGCAGGUGAGCAGAAGUCCCACCAGAAAGGAGUGGCACCAGUGCCCAAUCAGCCCAACCUGUCCACCCUGCCAUUCCUCCAGGCGGUGAUCAAGGAGACCCUGCGCCACCACCCCGUGGCGCCGCUGCUGGUGCCACACAAGACCACAGAGAGCACUGUGCUGGGCGGGCGCAGCAUCCCUGCAGGUACCAUGGUGCUGGUGAACACAUGGGCCAUCAGCCAUGACUCUAGGCUCUGGGACCACCCCCAGGAGUUUGACCCCUGGCGCUUCAUGCCACCGCUGUCUGUACCACCACCACCUCCCUCUGGAGCCCCUUUACCCGACCCCAUGGCACCACCACCACAGCCCGUGGCAGAGCAGGCAACUGUAGCCCCUGUUGCGGCCGCCACCACUGCCCUCACACCGGCCUCAUGGGAUCCCUCCAGCGCCUUCCUCAUGCUGCCUUUUGGCGGUGGGCGGCGGGGUUGUGCAGGCAUGGCUCUGGGCGUGGACAUGGCUGCUCGCAUGCUCGCUGCCCUCCUGCUCCGCUUCCACAUGGCCGUGCCGGCCAACAGUGCCACUAUGGAUGAUGCUGGGGGGGUGGAGGGACGAGGAGGAGGAGGGUGUGUGGUGGAGUUGGGGGAGGUCCUUGGGCUGACUAUGGCCAUGGAAAAGCCGCUCAGGCUGCUGCUGUGGGAGAGAGAAGAGAGAAGUCUGUCUGGCAAGUGUGAAGAGAGGUCUCUAGGAUAG